UUAUCUAAACCCUAUCUCUCCUUUGGCCGCUGCACCCGCGCCCCGCCGCUCGCCGUUCCUGCUCAGCACCGCCUCAUCGACUGCCGCCACACGCUGCACUCUUAGCCGUCGCAAUCUCAGUUGUCCCUCUCGGUGCAUCCUCCUCCAUCCGGCCGUGGCCGAUUAGCUGCUGUCUAUAACGCUGGCAUCGUUUCUACACUUCUCAUAAUUUGAAGACCUGACUCUUGCCGCCGAUAGAGUUAGUUAGUUCGUCAUGGCGGAUGUGAUGCUGAUGAAAGAUAUUGAGGAAACGGCUGAUCGGCUUGGGAUAGAUCUCGCCCAAGUUGAUUUUGACGCCAUUCGUCUCCCUCCCGGCGAGGAUUUCGGAAUCAUUAGUGAUGAUGAAGAGGUUCUACAAGAGGAGAGUCUAGAGUUUGAUUCUGGGUUCGGAAACAUUAUAGUUGUUGACAAUCUUCCGGUUGUUCCUCCGGAGAAGUUUGAGAAGCUCGAAGGUGUUGUUCGUAAAAUUUUUGGACAGAUUGGAGUUAUUAAGGAUGAUGGCCUGUGGAUGCCUGUUGAUCCUUCUACACAAAAAACUUUAGGGUACUGCUUUAUUGAGUAUGGCACUCCACAGGAGGCUGAGCUUGCCAAAGAGAAGACUGAUGGGUACAAGCUGGAUAGAGCACAUAUUUUCACUGUUAACAUGUUUGAGGACUUUGAUAGAUUUAUGAAAGUCCCAGAUGAGUGGGCUCCUCCUGAAAUCAACCCAUAUACUCCUGGGGAGAAUCUUCAACAGUGGCUUACUGAUGAAAAAGCACGGGAUCAGUUUGUUAUUCGUUCUGGUUCUGACACUGAGGUUUUCUGGAAUGAUGCUAGACAUUUGAAGCCUGAGCCUGUCUACAAGCGUCCAUUCUGGACCGAGAGUUUUGUGCAGUGGUCCUCGUUGGGGACUUACCUAGCGACAAUUCACCGACAGGGUGCUGCAGUUUGGGGUGGAGCAAGUACCUUCAACCGUCUGAUGCGCUUUGCCCAUCAACAGGUUAAGUUAAUUGAUUUUUCUCCUGGUGAAAAAUAUCUGGUAACAUACAGCAGCCAUGAGCCCAGCAAUCCUCGUGAUGCAAAUAGGAUUGUGAUCAAUAUUUUUGAUGUGAGAACUGGAAAAGUAAUGAGAGAUUUCAAGGGAAGUCCUGAUGAUUUUUCCACUGGAGGAACUGGUGGUGUUGCCGGCUUAUCUUGGCCUGUUUUUAGGUGGGGUGGUGGGAAAGAAGAUAAAUACUUUGCCAGGAUUGGGAAGAAUGUGAUUUCAGUCUAUGAAACCGAGACUUUCUCUCUUAUCGACAAAAAGUCUUUGAAGGUCGAAAAUGUUAUGGAUUUUUGCUGGUCCCCUACAGAUCCCAUUAUUGCACUGUUUGUUCCUGAGCUAGGUGGUGGGAACCAACCGGCUAGGGUGAGUCUUGUCCAAAUCCCGAGCAAGGAGGAGUUGAGACAGAAAAAUCUUUUCAGUGUUAGUGAUUGCAAAAUGUACUGGCAAAGCAAUGGGGAUUAUCUUGCUGUCAAGGUUGAUAGAUAUACGAAGACAAAGAAAAGCACGUACACAGGGUUCGAGCUAUUCCGCAUAAAGGAGCGGGAUAUUCCUAUUGAAGUGUUGGAGCUUGAGAAUAAGAACGAUAAGAUCAUUGCAUUUGCCUGGGAGCCAAAGGGGCAUAGGUUUGCAGUCAUUCACGGUGACAACCCAAGGCCAGAUAUUAGCUUUUACUCGAUGCGAAGCACUCACAACAGUGGCCGAGUGUCGAAACUUACAACUCUCAAAGGCAAGCAGGCCAAUGCUCUUUUCUGGUCACCUGCUGGAAGAUUCAUUCUUCUUGCUGGCUUGAAAGGUUUCAACGGGCAGUUGGAGUUCUACAACGUCGAUGAGCUGGAGACGAUGGCAACUGCAGAGCAUUUCAUGGCUACUGAUAUUGAAUGGGAUCCUACUGGAAGGUACGUUGCAACUGCUGUAACUUCAGUCCACGAGAUGGAAAACGGUUUCAACAUAUGGUCCUUUAAUGGAAAGCUCCUCUAUCGAAUCUUGAAGGAUCACUUCUUUCAGUUCGCAUGGCGACCAAGGCCACCAUCCUUCUUGACCCCGGAGAAAGAGGAAGAGAUAGCUAAGAAUUUGAAGAAGUACAGUAAGAAGUACGAGGCUGAAGAUCAGGACGUAUCUAUGCUACUGAGCGAGCAGGAGCGCGAGAAACGAAGAAUGUUGAAGGAGGAGUGGGAGAAGUGGUUGAAUGAAUGGAAGAGAUUGCACGAUGAAGAGAAGCUGUUGCGACAGAAGCUUCGGGAUGGUGAAGCCAGUGAUGAAGAAGAGGAAUACGAAGCCAAAGAGGUCGAAGUCGAAGAGAUUUUGGACGUGACGGAGGAAGUUUUGUCGGAUGAUUUUGAUCAGGAAUGAGGUUGUUGACCCAAACAACCUUAUUGCAGGCAUGAAAUUAGGUACCUUCUUCCUGCCUUAGACCUCACCAAUUACUCAAAAUGCAACUUGGGAAUGUCCUUCAAAGUUUUAAGUUUUGUUUUGGAUGCCUUAUUUGUUUGUUAUGAUAUUAUCUCACGUCAGUAACUCAGUUAUAUAAUGUAUUUUUUAUUCUCUUUUAGCCA